AUUCAUAUGACAGGACAGGAAACUCCCACCGAACACCACUAGGUUAUGUUAGUCUGUCUCUCCUCUUUUUACACAUUACUCAACUUUUACAAAUCAGUGCAACUGUAAAAAUCCUCAAACUCUUUGUACAUCCACCCUCUCGGACCAGCUGUGCCCUCCCCUGACAGACGAAUGUAAAUGAGAACAAUGAAAACUUCUUCAGAUCUGAGAUCAGCCACUGCCGCCUGAAGGAGGUUUAAGACCCGGAGCAGCAGCCAGAUCUCUUUCAGAGCCUGUACACCGCGGGAUGUGAGCGCUCAGAGACACCCCUCUUCAAAAACCGGAUGACUGCUGUGGCUUUGAGAGGACCGAACCAGACACGGAGGGACUACUGAGACGCUUCUUUUGAUACGGCCUCCUUGGCUUUGUUUCUUCAGUCUGUGCCAUCCAUCUCACCAUGGACAGCCUGCUGAGCGGGGCCAGUAAAGGGGCAAUCAACCUUCAGUCAGCACAGACCUCAUCACGUCAUAGAUGCCGCUUGCUGUCUUUACCCUUGUAUGACUGACUGCUGGGGAAACAAUAAAGCUUAAACUCCUGUUAACUUGAACAAAAGAGCCAUGCAUCCACUGCUUUCCCUCUGCGUCCUUUGGCUGCUGCCCCUGGCCUCGACGCUGGAAGAAGACUCACCACUCGACUGUGUCCCCCGCAGAUCUGUGCCAUAUCAUAGGGACAAUGCACACCUGUUCCGAGAGGAGGGAGUGUUCAACUACUCUACCAUGCUGUUGAGAGAAGAUCUGGACCUGCUGAUGCUAGGUGCCAGGGAGGCAGUGUUUGCUCUUGAUCUCAAAGACAUCUCCAAGAAACAUGCUUUGGUUAAAUGGGAAGUGACACAACAACAGGAAGAUGAGUGUGAAAACAAAGGAAAAGAUCCUGAGACGGAAUGCAAGAACUACAUCAGGAUCCUGCACAAGACAGAGGAUGGCAGGAUGUAUGUGUGUGGAACUAAUGCCUUCGAUCCUGAGUGUGAUUACAUGUCCUAUGCAGACGGGAAACUGACUCUUGAAAAGAAGGGAGAGGAUGGCAAAGGAAAAUGUCCGUUUGAUCCUUUCCAAAGAUACGCGUCCAUCAUGUUCGACAACAGCCUGUACUCAGCCACUUCCAUGAACUUCCUUGGCUCUGAACCUGUCCUGAUGCGCAGUUCUCCUGCCUCCAUACGCACUUACUUCAAGAGCUCCUGGCUAAACGAGCCCAAUUUUGUCUCCAUGACUCAGAUGCUAGAGAGCGAGAUGAGUGAGGAUGGAGACGAUGACAAGGUGUACGUGUUCUUCAGUGAGACUGCUGUGGAGUGCGACUGCUACAACAAACUGGUGGUCUCCCGUGUGGCCCGUGUCUGUAAGGGGGAUCUUGGAGGUCAGAGGACAUUGCAGAAGAAAUGGACAUCCUUCCUGAAAGCUAGACUGGACUGUCCGGUGCUUGAGUCUCAGCUGCCGUACAUUAUCCAGGACACGUACCGCUGGUGUGACCCCCAGCAACCCUGGAAAGACUGUUUAUUCUUCGCCGUCUUCACACCACAAUCGGACACAUCAGAUCUUUCUGCAGUGUGUGCGUACAGCGUGUCCGACAUUAGCAGAGUGUUUGCAGAGGGGAAGUACAAGGCCCCGGUCCCCGUAGAAACCUCUUUUGUUAAGUGGGUGAUGUAUAGCGGAGAUGUCCCCUUCCCUCGUCCCGGGGCUUGUAUAGACAAUGCUGCCCGUAAAGAGGGAAUAACUCAAACUCUGGACCUCCCAGACCGGACCCUUCAAUUUAUCAAAGAUAAACCUCUCAUGGACCAAGCUAUCCAGCCAAUCGGAGAGAAGCCUCUGUUGGUGCGAAGGGGAGCUGCAUUCACACGCAUCAUAGUCAACGAAGUGCAGGCAGCAGAUGGCAAUAAGUACCAUGUGAUGUUUGUUGGCACAGAGGAAGGCACACUAGUGAAAGCUGUGAACUACGAUGAGGAAAUGUUCAUCAUAGAAGAAGUACAACUCUUUCAGUCCCCAGAACCAAUCAAGAUCCUCAAAUUCUCCAAAAGCACGGGUCAGAUCUAUGCAGGCUCAGACUACGGAGUUGCGCAAGUACCACUGGCCACCUGUGAGAGAUCCUCAUCCUGUAUGGACUGUGUGUUAACCAGAGACCCGUACUGUGGCUGGGACAAAGUUGAGAGGAGAUGUGUUUUCCUUUCAAACUCACAGAGAGAACUAGUCCAAAGUGUAAAAGAUGGCGACGCAUCUCUUUGCCAAGAUGCCGAUCCUGUUAAGCCUAUGAAUCAGUCUAUCUGGCCAGGGGGGAACCUGAAGCUUCGCUGCACUGCACCUUCCAACCUGGCAAAAACCACAUGGGAGCGGGAUGGCAGCCCUCUGACACCAGCGACUCGACUUCAGUUUCUACCAGAUGGUCUGUUAAUCCUGAACGCCUCAGAUUCGGAUGCUGGUUGGUACCGCUGCCUUUCUACUGAGCGCUCCAAAGCUGACGAGUAUUCAACUGCUGUGGCUGAGUACCAGGUCAGCAUGGGUCAAGCAGGCACAGGAGGUGGGACUGUGAUUUUUCCCAGGGCUCAGGUGGACAGCCCCUCUGUGGCUGGGCUACACGUCGUAGUUGCGCUUCUUGUGGUUUCUCUUCUUGCACUGUUGGCCUGGAACUUUUACAAAGGCCACAUCCCGUUGCCCUGCGUGAGGAAGAACAGACAGCAAUCCCAGGUGACCAAUGAGCAGGGGGGUCUUUACCAAAAUGCACCAAGGCCUGCACUGGCGGAGGACAAGCCUCUUGUGGUGGGAACAGACAAUGGCCGCAGUAAUAAUAACCACACCAGGGAGGCAGCAAGUAGUGCAGCAGAAGAGCACGAUGAUCCAAUAGUUAAUCUUCCAACUUUGAAAUAUAUUGAUGAUGAGUCAGAAAUUUGAAAAUAGCGCUCUAGUUUAUAUUUUAAGUUUCUCAUUUAGAGACAAAGCUUGAAAAAAAAAAGAAAGCCCUAAACC